AUGAAAGACUAUGAUAUACACUGUUAUCGCGCAAUAUUAGAACGGCUAAUGGUGAACUAUUACCGUAAUAAAUAUAAAAAUUUUGCAAAUAAUGACGAAGUCUACGGCCAAUUAAUUAAUAGUCAUAGACAUCAACAGAUGAAAAAUGUUAAGCAGAGUGCAUUCGAUUCAUUUUCAUCGUAUCUUCAGAAAGCGCUAAGUGAUAAACCACAACUUUUGAAUGAUAUCAGAACGAUGCUGCAAAAAGAUCCCUCAAUGCAAUCGGCAAUAGAUGUGAUGUUAGCGCAGUCUCAUCGUCUUUUAUCACUUUAUUGUAUGCGACUACUGCUUGCGAAACUAACCGAAACACUCAUACUCGAAGAUCGUUACUGUUUCAUCAGAGAAAAUGGCUUCCGUGCUCAUUUAAUCCCAUUAUUUGAUCCGUGUUUAUCAUCUCGAAAUAUCGCCAUCAUCUCUUACAAAUAA